AUGUCGACGAGCGGCCUGAAGGCGAUCGCGCCGGUGCCUACGGCUGCGGACUUCCUGGAUAUUGUUCUGUCGAAGACCCAGCGGAAAACACCAACAGUCAUACAUAAAAACUUCAAGAUCAGCCGCAUACGGAAUUUCUACAUGCGCAAAGUCAAGUUCACGCAGGACUCAUUUGAAGAAAAGUUAAGCGCCAUCUUAGAGGACUUCCCCAUGCUCGAUGAUUUGCACCCGUUCCUCUCAUCCCUCAUGAAUGUUUUGUAUGACAAGAACCAUUACAAGCUCGCCCUGGGUCAGCUCCGCACCGCGCGGCAUCUCAUCGACCAGGUGGCGAAGGACUACGUCCGGUUGCUCAAAUUUGGGGACAGUCUGUACCGGUGUAAACAGCUGAAACGGGCCGCUCUGGGUCGAAUGGCGACGAUCAUGCGGCGGCAGAAAGAUCCACUUGCAUAUCUUGAGCAAGUGCGACAACAUAUUUCGCGUCUCCCUGCGAUCGAUCCGACGGCGCGAACGCUAUUGAUCUGCGGUUACCCUAACGUGGGCAAGUCAUCUUUCAUUAACAAGGUAACGCGCGCGGACGUAGACGUGCAGCCGUAUGCAUUCACGACGAAGUCGCUCUUUGUCGGGCAUCUCGACUAUCGCUACAUGCGCUGGCAAGUUAUCGAUACUCCGGGGAUCUUGGAUCACCCUUUGGAAGAUAUGAACACCAUCGAGAUGCAGAGUAUCACGGCGCUCGCUCAUUUGAAGAGCUGCGUGCUGUAUUUCAUGGAUUUAAGCGAGCAGUGCGGAUACUCGAUUGAAGCACAGUGCAAACUCUUCCACUCGAUCAAGCCUUUAUUUGCGAACAAACCCACCAUGCUCGUCAUCAACAAGAUUGAUGUCACCCGCUUGGACGAUUUGUCUCCCGAAAAUCGCGCGUUAGUUGAGGAGGUCAUCAAUGGGGAAGGUGUGAUGCAUGUGCAAGUAUCGUGCUACACCGACGAGGGUGUCAUGGAGCUCAAGAACAAGGCAUGCGACGCUCUGUUAGAGCACCGGGUUGAUCAAAAACUCAAAGGAAACAAGAUUAAUUCCAUCCUCAACCGUCUACACGUCGCGCAACCGAAGGCUAGGGAUGAUAUUAUACGAGAACCAUUCAUUCCAGAUGCGGUGAAAGAACGCAAGAAGUAUGAUAAGGUCGAUCCUGACAGGAAAAGACUGGAGCGGGAUAUAGAAGCUGAAGAGGGUGGUGCGGGGGUGUACAACAUAAAUAUGAAAAAGAACUACUUGCUCGCCAACCCCGAGUGGAAGUCGGACAUUAUACCGGAGAUUAUGGAUGGCAAGAACGUUGCGGACUUCAUCGACCCAGAUAUCCUUGAGAAGCUCGAGGCGCUCGAGAGGGAAGAAGAGAAGUUGGAAGCCGAAGGAUUCUACGAGAGUGAGGAGGAUAUGGUCGACUCCGAUGACGAGCGUGAAGCUACUGAAGCCAAGAUUGCUUGGUUGAAAAAAUUGACUUCGCAGGGCACCAAGAAGGCAAUGAAGAACCACGCUAGGAUGCCUCGGACAGCAGGCCUCCGCACGCUGAGCGAACUGUCAGCGGGACUUAGGAAAGCUGGUCAUAACCCAAGUAGUAUUGAAGAGCGAGCAGUCACACUGGCGAAGAUUGCUGGUGCCAAGCGGAAACGACAGCGUGAGGAUGAGGAUGCUGAAAUGGAUGUGGAUGGGGAAGCAGAGGCAGAUGGCGACGAGGCCGAUUGGAUGGAUGUGGAUGGAGAAGAGCCUGCAUCACGCAAACGAGCAAAAGCCAACUCAGGAGUCGUUGUCGCAAAGGGGAGCAGGGAGCCCAGGUCGGACCGGCGGCUGGCUGGUAUGCGAGACGAGUUGCAAGCGUCGAAGGCUAUCAGGUUACGCGACCUCGGACACAGAGAGCGCAACAGGCUCGCGAAGGCUGGAGAGAGCGAUCGCGCGAUCAAAACAAAAAUGCCCAAGCACUUGUUUGCUGGGAAGCGGAAGAUGGGCAAGACGAACCGUCGUUGA